AAAACUUGCUUAAGGGAAGUAGGCGGAAAAAUGGCAAAGCCUCUGGCUGAAAAGAACUGAAUUAUUUCUGUGGGCUUUUUAAAGAGUUUUUUACUGAAAUAGCAAUGUAGACUCUUGAAAGAACUUCUUGUUUUGCAUUGUCACUAAAUAUCAAGCAUAAACUUUGGUGAUUUUGUUGGCUGUGUGUUUAAAAUUCAAGUGUAAAAUGGCACACUGCAUUUUUUUUUCCAGGCUGCAGAAGGGGGAGAGCGGGGGAUAGUGCAGACUGUAGGGACACUGCCCUCCUAACCAAUCAGAACAUGCGUGUUUGCCAUUACAAAGUUGUUAACCCCAGAGUCUUCUGGCUCCUGCUGCUUUUAAUCUUUUUUGGAUAUUUCUCCGAUUUUUCCAAACGCCCACAGAGCCUCAGGAAAACCUCUUAAUUCAACCAGCGAUCAUGGAAGAAAGUACCACUUUCUAUUCACAAAAUAUUCUAAAGAUGUUUGGAUAUCGCUUUGCUGCAUGGAGAUGGCUGUUUGUAGGGGAACAAGUAUACAGCCUAUAUUGCUACAGUCAUUUUGCAAGGACUAUCAUCUCUGCAGCUUCUAAAGGGGGAAGAAUGCCAGAGAAUCCCAUCACAAUAACACAACUUCAAAAAGGAGAACUACACAAAAACAAGGAAACUUGUUAAAUGGACACUUGAGGAACAGUCACAAAGAUGCAAUGCUGCAAACUGAAUGGAGACUAUAUAAAAACACCACACUAGAGGCUCAAACUAAAUGUAUAUUUCUCUUCUUCCCCUCCCCCAUUGCCACCAUGGCUAAGCAGCAAAAUGAAGGGCAAAAAGGCAUCCUUUUGAAAAGUGGAAGUCGGAUCCUAGUGAGGAAAACAGAAAAGAGCAUUAACUCUAGCAAGUCAAGUGUAAAAGUAUGAGACAAGCCAAGAAAAAAUGUGAAGAGCAGCUAGCUGAAGAUACACCAAAAAAAAAAAUGGUUAUUUUGUAUAUCAGAAGCAGACAUCCUGCCAAACGAUCAGUGAACCUACUGGACGAUCGAGGUGCUAAAGAAGUGUAGAGAAUUUGUUAGUCUCUAAGGUGCCACAAAUACUCAUCAUUUUUUUAACUAAACUAUGUUCCUGAGAGUUUUUGAAAAAUAGAUUGCUCUUUGCAGCAGGAGGAAGAUAGGCACUUUCACACACACUCCAAAUGAUUACACCUAUCUUGAGAUGCUAUGAACAUCAUCUUCAGCGAGCUAUCUCGGCACAACAGGUAUAUGGAGAGAAGAGGGAUAAUAUGGUUAUACCGGUCCCAGAGGCAGAAAGUAAUAUCGCUUACUAUGAAUCUAUAUAUCCUGGGGAAUUUAGGAUGCCAAAGCAGCUCAUUCACAUACAGCCUUUUAGUUUGGAUGCUGAACAGCCUGAUUAUGACUUGGAUUCAGAAGAUGAUGCCUUUGUGAAUAAGUUGAAGAAAAGAAUGGACAUCUCUCCUUUGCAGUUUGAGGAGAUGAUAGACAGGCUAGAAAAGGGCAGUGGUCAGCAGCCAGUCAGCCUGCAGGAGGCCAAACUGCUUCUGAAGGAAGAUGAUGAAUUAAUUAGAGAAGUGUAUGAGUACUGGAUUAAAAAGAGGAAAAACUGUCGAGGUCCCUCUCUUAUCCCAACAGUAAAACAAGAGAAGCGAGAUGGUUCCAGCACAAAUGAUCCUUAUGUUGCUUUUAGAAGGCGAACAGAAAAGAUGCAGACUCGAAAAAAUCGAAAGAAUGAUGAAGCGUCUUAUGAAAAGAUGCUUAAGUUGCGUCGAGAUCUGAGUCGUGCAGUAACUAUCCUAGAGAUGAUAAAGAGAAGGGAAAAAAGCAAGAGGGAGUUAUUGCAUUUAACACUGGAAAUUAUGGAAAAGAGGUAUAAUUUGGGUGACUACAGUGGAGAGAUCAUGUCUGAGGUUAUGGCACAGCGGCAGCCAAUGAAACCUACCUAUGCCAUCCCCAUCAUUCCUGUUACAAAUAGCAGUCCAUUUAAGCAUCAGGAAGCUAUGGAACUGAAGGAAUUCAAAGUUAACAAGCAAGAGAAAGCUGAUGUUAUAAGACCCAAAAGGAAAUAUGAGAAGAAGCCCAAAGUCUUGCCUUUAUCUGCUGCUGCUACUCCUCAACAGACAAGUCCUGCUGCACUGCCAGUGUUCAAUGCUAAAGAUCUGAAUCAGUAUGAUUUCCCAAGCUCAGAUGAAGAACCUCUUUCCCAAGUUAUGUCUGGUUCCUCCGAAGCUGAGGAAGAAAAUGAUCCUGAUGGUCCUUUUGCUUUCCGUAGGAAAGCAGGUUGUCAGUACUAUGCUCCUCAUUUAGACCAAACUGGCAACUGGCCAUGGAGUAGUCCUAAAGAUGGAAGAUUAGGAGAUGUCCGCUAUAGAUACUGCUUAACCACGCUAACUGUACCCCAAAGGUGUAUUGGGUUUGCAAGAAGACGGGUUGGACGUGGUGGAAGGGUGCUACUGGACAGAGCACAUUCAGACUACAACAGUACGUUUCGCCAGCUG